UGUGUAGAAUUCGAAAAUGAAUCACGUAUAAACGUAAAGUAAAUCGCACGCGUAUUUCAAAGCUGCACGCUCGCGCCCCUGAAUUCUGCUGCAUGUCAUGCAAGUGCGUAAAUCUGCGUCGCGCGUAAACACACUGACUAACUUAUCUAAUUUAAUAUCUCAAAUAAUAGUAAGAUAUUGAAAUUAUACCGCGCAAGGUAUCGUGGGAACCAACAUGGCGCAGCAAGAUCGUACCUAUUGGUACGAGGUUAGGUCUUUGCGUACACGCAGAACGUGUGCAAGACCCCACUUGGAAAACUUACUACCAACUGUAUUUCUUUUGUCGCUUGAGGGUGCACUUCUACUCGUCUUUCUUUUGUCGCUUGAGGGUGCACUUCUACUCGGGCAGGUUUAGUCUUGGUUCCAAGACCUUCCAGUUGUUCCAUGACACCGGGAACCAUAGCACGUGCUGUACGUACAUGUACAGUACAUGUAUGUAACGUGUACGCGUACAUGUACAGGGCGCUAUCACCUCACGAAACGUUACGAUUCGUGUGGUGACAGCAUUCUCUAACAGUGUACGUGUGUGGUUCGUGUUGCGGAAUAUAACUACUGGAAGGUCUGGAACCAAGACUAGGGGCGGAUAUAUACGCUUCCACACUCGCCGUACAGGUUAGUGAAAUUGUUACAGUUGUGCACUAGUCACGGAAAUCUGUCUCAAGUGAUACGAGCUGGGCAUUUAUCCACCUGGGAAGCAGCAAAUGCGACAUUGCUCCAAUUCGGUUAAAAAUUUCAGAAAAUUUGAUGGUUCAAGUUUAUGAGCAUCUCUGCCUUGUGGUUUGGUUGGACCAUCUCUAAUUGACAUAGAUCAAGGACCUUAUGAGGAAUUUACCGUGGCGAGUGAAAAAUGGAUGCAUCUAAAACAUACUUCCGCUUUGUGAUACUCCUCUUCAACUGUAUGAUAACAUUUGGGACGUACUUCUGCUUUGACAUGCCCAGCGUUCUCCAAGAGGUCUUACAAGGGAACGUAACGUGCAUUAAUGCGACCACAUACAGCAAUAGAAGUGACUGUGUUGAAGGAUUAGGCCUGACGCCUGACCAAUACAAUCUCCUCUAUGCAAUCUAUGCAUGGACAAAUGCCAGUGUUGUGAUUGCAGCAGGGUUCUUAAUUGACAAACUUGGAAAUCAAGUCGGAUUGUUUCUUUUUUCCGGUUUGUGUUUGAUUGGCUCAAGUGCAUUCGCUGGUGGGGCCAUGUUGAAGGGCACAAAGGCCAUGUUUCCCAUCAUGCUCAUUGGUCGACUGAUUUUUGGAUCUGGAAAUGGCUCCCUGUCAAUUUUGCAGGAGCGUAUUACAGCCUACUGGUUCAAAGACAAGGAGUUGGCGUUUGCUUUUGGGAUUACGUUGACUUUCUCAAGGCUGGGAAGUAUUCUAAACUUCUUCUUGACCAAAUCCAUUGAGGAUAAAGUUGGUUUGACGUGGGUCCUGUGGGGAGGUGCCUUCCUGUGUGCUCUGGGGGUUGCCUCAGCUAUUGUAACAAGCAUUUUGGAUAUCUACGGUGUUCGCCAACUGGGGCAGGAGUCAAAUGUAAAGGAGAUCUCAAAGAAGCUCAGUUUCAGUGACAUUCGCAACUUCAACUCGUCCUUUUGGCUGGUUGUCAUGACAAUCAUGUUCUUCUACAAUGGAGUUUUCCCUUUUGUGGCAGAUGCUAGUAAAUUUAUUCGUGACAAGUAUGGUUACAAAGAGGAUUCCCCGUUACCCGGCUAUCUGGCAGGAGCAGUGUAUGAUGUUUCUUUGGUUCUGUGUGCGUUUCUAGGUGCCUUGAUUGACAUCAUUGGAAUGCGUGGUCUGUUGGCUUUGUUUUGCUCCGUCGCUACCGUCCCAGUCUUUGGCUUGCUUGCUUUUACCCACGUGCAUCCGCUGGUCUGCACACUGUGGCUUGGCUUCACCUACUCCUUUGCUGUGGCAAGUCUAUGGCCAUCCAUUCCUCUAGUUGUCACCCAGGCAACCGUUGGCACGGCGAUGGGAUUUGCAUCAUUUUUUCAGAUGAUAGGCGUAGGUAUUUGCAACAAAGUGAUUGGUGCUAUACUUGGAAACAAAAACACACCCUUGCCUCAUGAUGAGUUAAUGAAACGUUGGAAAUACGUUAUGAUCUUCCUUUUUGCCAACACGCUGUGCUGUGUUGUCACGGCGAUUCUGCUCAACCUUUCAGACAAAAGAAAGGGGUGUAUCCUAAACCAGAAUCGUCGUGAAGGGAGGGAAGGCAUGGCAUUGUUGAUGCCGAGUGUAGCCACUGACGACGGUUCCGGCAAUAGUCCCCUGGCCAUGAACGAGGCAAAACCUCUGCUGCGUUCGCCUGAUCUUUCACGGCCCAAAGAAUUGAAAUGACUGCAGCCUCCAUCCUCAAACAUGUGUUUUAAGUCAACAGUCAAUUUUUUUGUAAAUGUGACUUGUUCUGCGAUAAUGUUGUUUCCAUUGCACAAAACUCUUCGUUCAAGACUCUUUGAAAUACCUGUAACUUAAAAAUGUCCGCUUGUGAAUCGUUUUCACAGAACAGGCCUGGCCACAAAAAUACUAAAAUACUGCUGGAACCUUGCAAGGGUGUCGACUUGUCAAGUUUCCAACACUGAUCGGAUUUUGAGUGGAUUACAACCAACUACAUGUAAUCAGAUUACAGAUGAAUUGAAAAUGAAAAUGAGCCCUAGAGAGAUUUGCAUGGCAAGUUCAGUGUGUCUCAUCGCAGAGCGUCAAAAGGAUGGCCGUGCGCAUUGAGCCUUCCCGCUCAGACAAAGGCUGUGGUUGAAUUUGGAGUGCUUACGCACUUAACUGUGGAACCCUAAUUUAUACCCUUACUGAUUUAUUAUGAUGACAGAUUUAUUUUUGGAGGGGAAUUUAGAGACAAGGUAGAUGUGGUUGGUAAAUGGGUGUAGGAUUUGGGGUACGUACCACAUUUACUGUAUAGUGUUAGGGUAGUAAAGACUGUCAAAACAGACAAGCAAAUAAGUGUAAUGGAUGACUAGUUGUGGGUUUUUGUUCUUUCUUCCAUAUUCCUUCGUCUGACUCUUCCGCUUUACUUCCGCUACUGUAAUUAGUUAAUGCGACUUGAGUGGAGAUUAUCUACUCUUUAACUUGAAAAGAGACUUCACUGAUCUUAAUUUAGUUGGCAAAAAUAUUGUUGGUUUUGUACAGGCAGCUCAGUUAAUUUCUUAGUUAGGAAAAGGGAACAGUAGAGUGAAAUUUUUAUGAACCAUCAUGUUUAUUGUGAUUAGGGAUAAUUCUUUAUAAAGUGAUUGUAGUCAAAGUGUUGCUUAGAUUCGAUUUGGUCAAUUUUUGUACUUUGCAUGAACUACAUGUUACCCGUUUAGAGCUCUCAGCCCAUGCGGUUGCAAGGCAUACAAGACAGUACCUGUCAUAUCUUUACAGGUAAAUGUGCUGUUUUAGUUUCACUGAAAACUCAGAUGAUCAUCUCUCAUGUGCCCUUUAUUGUGUCAGGCAAUUAAUAUACAUUAAUUAAGGUGAGAUUGGUUAUAUAAGGUGAUAUUUUUGGAAAGUAUUAAGCAGUUUGGAAGGGUUUUUUAUGUGAAAUUUAGGGAGCACCGCAAGAACCUUUUUCUACAGUAAUGCGGGUUACCCCAGUAAUACAUCAUAUGAAUUGGCCUGAUGGAAUUCACAACCGUAUCAACUGGUAAAUCACUGACAUUUUCCUUGCUUUCCGAAAUACAUCUAUCUAUCAUCAUUUUUUGUAAUUCAUUUGGCCACACAGGUAUGAGUUGCAGCUCAGUCAACUCGCGUUCAAUCUUUAAAGAAAUGCGAUCACGUUGAGUUUAACUGUAAAUGAACAAUAAAAAGAACAAUGAAAAGAGCAGAAUGAAAAUGAAAAGUGAACCAUGACAUGAGUAAAAAAACAAAGCAAAUGUAUGAAAGAGCAAGGCAAAUGAGAAAAAGAGCAAUGCAGAUAAGUAAGAGCAAUGAAAUGAGUAAAAGAGCAAUAAAAUAAGCAAAUCACAAACGGUGAAAUACAUAUACACGUGUAUUUUUUAUUAUAUAUUGAACGAUUUCCCUUGUUUCAUGCCAUUUAAAGGUCAUCCUACAUAAAUAAAUGUUAUUUCUGUAGUCAAGACCUAUGCUUGUCAUCAGUGUGAAAAAUGGUUUGGACGAAGUCUAAUCUAGAGAGGCACAUGGAAAAUACCCACGCUGAGGAGGAAUCAGACAUGAAUGAAGUUGACGAUGAUUCGGAACCUGUUGAGGAGGAUGAUGACGAAACCUCGGAUGAAUACAGUUCAGAAUUGGAAGACAAUGCCACCUACCAAGAUUGGCUGGCUGAAGCCAGAGAAACGAAUAGGGAGACAAGGGAUGAAACAUGACGAGUACGUCAACGAAGGCAUGGAUGAAGAUCAAGCCGGGCAAAAGGCAAACAGAAAGACCCUCUGGCCAAUCAAGAAAGACUUUUUGACAACUAUAAGGAGUUUCUGUCAAGUUAUCUACAUUUUAAGGAUAAUGAAACUCAUCAGGAUAUCGCAUGAAAGUAAAAAAUAAGCCUUGAAUAUAGAGUUUUGCCUAAUCAUACCAAUAAAUUUGAGGGACUGGUUCAGCUGAAUGACGAAGAGGAAAAUAAUUAAAAGAUUACAAUCAUUAGAGACAGAUGGCUCCAAAAAGAAAUGAGUACGUUAUGCCUCUGAUUUAAACCUUAACAAACUUCUGGUUAUCAACUUUGUAGCAAUUCUUAAAUGUGUGUAAUUGUAAAAAGUAAAUAAUGAAAAAAUAAAAACAAACACCACUGAAUCCAGUA